AUGGAAGAUUCACAGAGUGAGCGACAGCGGAUGAUACGACGCCACCACCGCGAGAAGAAAGAGCUUCAGGCCCGCAUUCAGGGCAUGAAGAACUCUGUCCCCAGGAAUGACAGGAAGAGAAGAAAGCAGUUGUUUCUCGAUGUGGCCCGCCUCCAGGCCGAGAUGGAGCAGAAGCACCGGCAGGAGCUGGAGAAGUUCCAGGAUAACAGCAACCUCGAUUCUGUCACUGAAGAUCUGGCCAAGAUGGAUCUCGAGAACCAGCCUCCCCACGUCUCGAAGGCACAGAAAAGGCGUGAAAGAAGGGCGGCCCUCGAGAGAGAGCGCCAGGAGAGGAUCGCCCAGGCCGAGAUUGAGCAUCUGGCCAGCUUCCGCCAAGAUGAGGAAAAGAAGCUCAGCGCCAUCCUGGGGGCCAGGAACCUGGAGAUGAAGGAUAUCCCGGCCGACGGCAACUGCAUGUACCGCGCCAUCCAAGACCAACUGGUGUUCUCCGUGACGGUGGCGAGCCUGCGGAUCCGCACCUCCAACUACAUGCGAAAGCACGUCGACGACUUCCUGCCUUUCUCCAGCGACCCCGAAACCGGCAACGCCUACAGCCGCGACGACUUCUUGAGCUACUGCGACGACAUCGUGAGCAGCGAGGCGUGGGGAGGCCAGCUUGAGCUGAGGGCCCUGUCACACGUCCUGAAGACCCCCAUCGAGGUGAUCCAGGCCGAGUCGCCCACCAUCGUCAUCGGAGAGGAGUACCGGAAGAGGCCUCUCACCUUGGUCUAUAUGCGCUACUCCUGCAUCCUCGGGGAGCACUACAACUCCGUGAAGCCGCUCGAUGCUGGCCCCGUGGAGGCCGCGGCCCUGCGUCUCUUCUAG